AUGUUCCGGUUACUAACACCGGUGAUAGAAGAAGACGGUGGAUCGGCGGUACCAUACCAAGCACCUAUACAGGAAGCCCUGUUGAGCUGGCACUCAUCUUUAUGCAAGCUGAUGCCAGCCCAACGUAGUAACUACACAAACCCAUUCCAUACCCUCUACAGAAUCACUGCAGAUGAAGGAGUUUUAGCUCUCUGGAAAGGUGUUGGUCCCACUGUGGUUAGGGCAAUGGCAUUGAACAUGGGCAUGCUUGCUUCCUAUGGUCAAAGUGUUGAGUUCUUCAAAGACAAUCUUGGUUUUCUGAAGCAACUACCAUUGUAG